GAAUCAGUUCCUCCUUUUACACCAUCAGAUGACUCAACGAAUUUCGAAGUUGAUAAAAUAGAAGAAGCAGGUGACCAAGUGAACCCAGUUGCAGUAGAAUUGAACUCAAUUGAUGUCCAAGUUAAACCAGUUGCAGACCACGUGAAUCCAUUUGAUGUCCAAGGGAACSGAGUUGAAGAGCAAUUGAACCCAGUUGCUGGCCCAUUCCAUACAGUAGAAGAAGCAGAUGACUCAACACAUUGCGCUGGUAUUCUUCCCAUUGCUUGAUAAGGGUCAUUACUAUCUUGUGGUCUUCAAUUUGAAGAAUCCAUCAAUUGUGGUCAUAGACAACAGACGUAUAGAAGUGUCCGAUGAUGACCACCUUUUGGAAAUGUAUGAUUUCAUAACGGAUAUCCUGCAAAGGUUGAUGAUAAGACAUUUGAAUGCAGUAGGACAUGCAGCYGGUAAAGAUUUGGAUGAAACUGGUCAAGAAAGAUUGAGAUUGGACUGGCAGACAAACAAUAACUUUGAUGAUUGUGGUGUGUUCACAAUGAGGCACAUGGAAACAUACAUGGGAGAUAUGAAAUCAUGGAAGACUGGAUUGGCACCCGAAAGUAAAACUCAAGAAAAUCAAAUCGCAAACCUGAGAGUGAAAUACGUAGCAAAGAUAUUGAUGAACAGCUAUAACGUCAAGAAGGAUUACAAUUCAUCAGUACAUUUGUACAUGCCCUUACAUGAUGCAAUAAAAGUUUACCAAUGA